AUUCGGACCCUACCAUCAGCUCAUGAUUGAAACUGAUCUUUGUAUUGUGAUAACCUCCUACUUUGCCCAAGCUAACCAUCCUACUAAUUCAGAUACUGUUUGCCUGAUAUUGAUAACCAGUACAUGUUAGCUACAUGUUGGCUCGGAGGAUUAGCUAAUUAACGUUAGCAAAAUAGCUAGAAGCUAAACUUGAGUGGUUUGCACUUUGAUGGGGCGAACGUUGGCUAAUUUCACGCUACCAGGAGCAACCACAGUCAAUCACAACGUAUCAUAUGGUAUCAUAGCCAGCUCACGCCUAUUAUCAGCAUAGAAGCUACUACUACCUGUGGUCAUCUUACUAGCGCCAUCCCAAGGGACGCCGCGAGCUCUGGGGGUAAAUGGGGCUGUUCGACAAGCUCGCGGGAUGGCUGGGGCUGAAGAAGAAGGAGGUGAACGUUCUGUGCCUGGGCCUCGACAAUAGCGGGAAGACCACCAUCAUCAACCAGCUCAAGCCGUCUAACGCUCAGGCGCAAGACAUAGUCCCCACCAUUGGCUUCAGCAUAGAGAAAUUUAAAACCUCCAGCCUGUCCUUCACAGUGUUCGACAUGUCAGGACAAGGCAGAUACCGGAACCUCUGGGAACAUUAUUACAAGGAGGGCCAGGCCAUUAUAUUUGUCAUAGACAGUUCAGACAAACUGAGGAUGGUGGUUGCCAAGGAGGAGCUGGACACUCUACUCAGCCAUCCAGAUAUCAAGCAUCGGCGCAUCCCCAUCCUGUUCUUUGCCAAUAAGAUGGACCUGAAGGAGGCACUUUCCUCAGUGAAGGUGUCGCAGCUGCUCUGCCUGGAGAACAUCAAGGACAAGCCCUGGCACAUCUGUGCCAGCAAUGCCAUCAAGGGGGAGGGCCUUCAGGAGGGUGUCGACUGGCUGCAAGAUCAGAUCAGAACGAUGAGAACGUGAGACAGUAGAGGUGGGGAAACUCCACAUCGCUACGGCAACCCCAGCUCCAUUCUCACAUCGCUAGGCAACCUCCUGCUCCAGAUGUCUGUGAUCAUGUGACCUCUAACCUAUGACCCUGGGGAUGGGAAACAGGCACUGAUCUAUAAAGAAAGUUGUUUAUAGAUCAGUGGAAACAGGAGCCACAUUAGCUAACCCCCCCCACCACACACACCAACACACACACACACACACAUCCUCACCACACAGCAUAGUCUAGUCUAGUCUAGUCUAGCCUAGCCAAAGGCCUGAGCAGUUGAUUCACUUCAAGUGGGCUGAUACUGAUACUCCACUCCCAGUGCGUCACCUGGCAACCAUCACACUGUGUGUGUGCUUUUAGUGCUAGACCUGCAGAGCUGCUAGUGCCCUGCAGUACCAGCAACGUGCUCCAGGGGGUGCUCCUGUCUCUCACAAGAGCUCUGUCACCAGUUUAACUGAAGUUCUAAAGUUAUAUCCACAUGGAGAUAGACAAAUAGCUACUAUUACAUUUUUGUAUUUAUUUUUUAAAGUCCAUCUUAUUUAUUGUGACUGGUCUUCGUGUCUUGUGAGUAGGUUUGCUGUCAUUCGGCUGGCCUCGCUCCUGAUUAAAGGCUACACACACACACACAUACACGCACACACACACAGACAUACAUACACACACGCACAUGCACAAACACAUACAUACAUAUACGCACACACAGACAUACAUACACACACAAACAAACGUACAGACAUACAUACACACACACACACACACACACACACACAAACAAACGUACACACACACACAUACACAGCUGCACACUGACGCUCACCUGUAUCACCUGCUCACCUGUAAAUGCAUUUCUGUCUUUUCUUACAUUCCUUCAGACCAGUGAUUUCUCCAGACUAACAGGAAAUAAAUAAAUAAAUAAUGGUUGAUUCAC